AUGGUAGUUCUUAAAAACACAUUAAAUAAUAAUAAUAAUAAUAAUAAUAAUAAUAAUAAUAAUAAUAAAAAAAAACAAUUUUAUAAAAGACCAGAUAAAAAAGAUAAAAAACAAGAAAUUAUAAAUUCAAAAGGUGUCAAAGUUGUAAUUGGAGAAACAGAUCUUAGAACUAAAUCAUUGGGUGCAUUAUCAAUUUUAGAGGAUCAAAUUUUAUUGAACGUUGUUUUCAAUGAAUUCACAUGUAGUGAACUAUUGAAAUAUCAAUGUGUUAGUCCAGCAUUUUAUAUUUUAUUAGGUGAUGAUAGACUUUGGAAAGAUGCAUUCCUAAGAGAGAUUAAAGGUAGAAAAGAAUUUGUAAAAUAUAUUGAAAAUUGGAAAAUUAGUGCUUUAUCAUAUCUUUAUCCAAAUUCUUUUAAUAAAUUUAAAAAACCAUAUAUUCCAUUACAUUUUCCAGAUUUCUAUUCACAUGAAGUUUAUACGAGAUGGUUAAGAAGACAUAUGAAGGUUAAAGACUAUGGUGUUGAUUUCGGACAUGUUAAACAUAUUGAGAGUGAUGAGUUGACAGUUGAGGAGUUCCAAAGGGAGUAUGAGAUACCAUCGAUACCGGUUAUAUUUAAGAAUGCACAGAGAGGUACACCAAUGAUGGAGAAGAAUGAAUGGUCAGAGGAGAGAUUGAUAGAGAGAUGUGGUGAUGUUGUAUUCAAGAUAUCACAUCAGGAUAAUAAGCGUAUUCAAAUGACGUUUAGGGACUAUUGUCAAUAUAUGAAGACUCAGACUGAUGAGGAGCCAUUGUAUGUAUUCGAUCAGGCAUUUGGCGAGAAAGUGCCAUCACUAUUGGACGAUUAUAAUAUACCUAAAUUCUUUCCUGAAGAUUUAUUUAAAUAUAAUGGCGAAGAGCACAGACCCCAUUUCCGAUGGAUUGUAAUCGGUCCAGAGAGAAGCGGUGCUUCGUGGCACAUCGACCCUGCCGGCACGAGUGCCUGGAAUUCGCUAAUAUCUGGCAGAAAGCGUUGGUUAAUGUAUCCACCCAAUUUCACACCAUACACAGUAGAGUCGGACGAAGUAGUUGAUAAAAUCUACGGUUCACCUCCAUCCCUACUUUGGCUAUUAGAGGUUUACCCUUACCUACCACCAGACUAUCGUCCAAUUGAAUGUAUUCAAGAACCUGGUGAAACUAUAUUCGUACCAGGUGGUUGGUGGCAUAUGGUUUUAAAUAUGGAACAAUCGAUUGCAGUAACUCAAAACUUUUGUAAUUCUCAAAAUUUCGAUGAAGUUUGUUCCGAUUUAGCAAAUGAUCAAAAAAAAGAUUAUGAUGAUUUUAAAAAACAUCUCUUAACUUCACGUCCUGAUUUUCAAAAUAAAUUCAAUCAAUUUGAAUUUAAAAAUGAUCAAUUCACUCAUUCAUUUGAUGAUACAGAUUAUUGGGAUUUAAUUAUUAAAUCAAUUUUAAAUAAUUCAAAUUUAAAAUUUAAUGAAAAACCAAUUAUAAUUAAUAAUAAUAAUAAUAAUGAUAAUGAUGAACUUAUAAAUACAACAAAUAUUAAUAAAAAUGAAGAAAAGGAAGAAGAAGAAUUAAAAAAAAAAGAAGAAAAUCGUAAAAAAUAUGAUGAGGAUGAGGAUGAUGAUUCAGAUUUAAAAGUAAAAUCAAAACAAAUUAAAUUACCACCAAAAGAAUCAACAUUAUAUUUAGAAAUGCCAAAUUCAGGUCAAAGUCCAGUUUUCAUUGUUGAUGAAAAAUAUGUUAUUAAAUUAUAUUGUUCAGAAUUGGGUGGUGAAAAGUCAUGGUCAACAGAGUUAUUCUUAUAUUCAAAGAUUAAAGAGAAUUCAAAAUUAAAUUCAACAUUUCCAAAGUUAUUAUCAUAUGGUAAUAUUAAAGAUUUAUUAGGUGAUAAAUUACAAUGUGAAUGGAAAUGGCCGUACAUUGUAACAGAAUAUUUAAAAGAUACUUUAAAUUUACAAGAUGUUCAACCUGUACCAGAUUCAUUACCUUAUCCAUAUCCAUCACCACCUGAAGAAGAUGAAAAUGAUGAUGAGAAUGACGAAGAUGAUGAAGAAGAAGAUAUUAAAGUAUUAGAUGACAAUUUAGUUGAUUUCUUAGUUGAAAAAGUAUCAUUAAUUCAUUCAAUUGAAAUUGAUGAUAAUAAUAAUAAUAAUAAUAAUAUUGAAAAUAAUGAAAAACAAUCAAUUUUAAUUGAUGAUAAUAUUAAAUCAUUAUUAAAUGAAUAUAAGAAAGAUAAAUGGUUACCUUGGAAAAAUCAAUUAUUAUCACUUGAUUCAAAAUAUAUUUCAAAUCAUUGGAAUUGGAAUGGUUUACCUCCACAUCUUCGUUCACAAUUGGCUAGUUAUUUACCAAUUGAUAAAACUGAAUUAAUAGAUUAUUCAAUGGAUCCAUGUUUUAUUCAUGCAGAUUUAACUGAUGAAAAUGUUUUAGGUAUUGAAUCAACCUCUGAAAUAAUAGUAUUAGAGAAAAUUAAAAAAUUAAAUAAAACUUCAAAAUCUGCUAAAAAAGGUAUUAAGAAUUCUUUAGCGUCAAGAUUAAAACAGUUAAAUCAAAAAGGCAAAAACAAUGACGAUCAAGAUUGUAAACUUGUUGAAGUAAAGAAAACUAUUAAAAUUUGGGAUCCAAAAUAUUUAAUUGAUUGGGGUGACUCAAAAAUUGGUGAUCGUUGGUAUGAAUUGGUUUCACUUUAUAUCUCGGUCUUCGCAUUGGAUAAAGUUAGAUUAAAAUCUUUCUUAUCAAAAUAUCUUUUACCAAAUUCAAACAAAGAAAAUGAAAAGAGUUGGUUAGAUUAUUAUAAUGAAAAUCCUCAAAAUUUCAUUAAAAGAGCUAUGCAAUAUACUUUAAUUCAUCAUUGUGAUGCUUUUACAACUGCUGCAAGACAUAAUCCAUUACUUAGAAAUUAUCAAACAAUUGAUGAAUUAGCAAAUUCAAUUUGGAAUUUAGAUGUAUAA